AUGACCGCAACAGACGUCACGAGCGACUUCGUGGGCAUCACAGUGCUCUACGAGACGCGUCCGCACGUCCGGUCGCGCGCGCACCGACCGCUGUCUCGCGACGCGCGACAGGCGCAGCAGAUCGCCGACCAGCUGCGGCAGCAGGAGCUCUGUCUGCGCGAGCUGCAGGCGCUCGUCGGCAAGAAGUCCAUCCUCGGCGACGACCCGAGCGCGCAGAUUGCGACGCUGACGGACGUCCUGAAGAAGGAGUUGGGCGCUGUCGAGCGCAGUAUUCAGCUGCUGCAGCAGACGGUCAACGCGCAGCGCGGGCGCCACGUGCAGCACCACCAGGCGCACUUUUCCAUCGUGUGCCAGUCGCUCAAGGCGCGUUGUGCCAAGAGCGUCCAGGCUUUCCAUCACGCGCUCCAGCACCACACGGCGGCGAUUCGCGAGCGCAGCUCGAGACGCAGCAGGUUUUCGCACGGAGGAGGCCAUCCCAUGGUGCAUCUCAGUGCGCCGCUCUUUGCUCGCACAGCUGCUGCAGGAGUGCGGGAGCACCAGGUGUUGCCGACGACGAGCCACGCUCCUUUGCAGCCGCAGCAGAGUCAACCGCAGCAUGAAUCUACUGCUGCUGCUGGAAACGGCGCGCAGAAAUCCGCUGCACUUGUGCCAACGAAACCUGGGGCAAUGUCGUCGUUGGGAUCACUUGAUGCCGGGCCAGGUCUUCGUCGCCGUGCUAACCUCGGGGCUAAUCCAUUCAUGCAGCAGCGCACACCGCUACCAGGAGGUGUUGGUGGCAUGCAACAGCAGCAGCAGUAUCGCCCUCGCGAAGACAACCAGACGAGAUACAACAAUGCGGCACAGGUGGAGAGCACCAUUGUAGAGAUCACAGGCAUGUACACUCGAAUGGCAACCAUGGUCGCCGAGCAAGGAGAGAUCAUCUCGCGCAUUGACGACGACAUGGACAUCGCGCAAACGAACGUAGAAGCGGCGCAUGACGAGCUGCUGAAGCUCUUUCACAUGGUCCAGGGCAACCGGUCGCUGAUUCUGAAACUCUUCCUCGUGCUGAUCGUCGUCAUUUUCCUCUUCGUUGUCGUCUUUUGA